CCGGCAAUACUUCUCACCAGAAUGAAUUCCAGAACCAGACGACCCUGGAUUCUGAAGAUGGCGUAAAUAGCCCGUGCCAAGCCAAAUGCGAAGGCAUUCAAUUAUGUGUGUUUCGUGACAGGUGAGACUGGUCACAGGCGCUUUUUGCAGCAUGGUUAAGUGGUGGAUAUAAACAAGCAUCGUGAUGCGGCUGUGAACUUUCUUUUCCCGUUUGCUCCCAUGGUAUCAGCGGCGCCUUCCUCCUACAGCUCCUGGUCGAACGACGACCAGGAUAUUGGGUCGAGGGUUUCCUGGGAGGCGGAGUCGGCUACUCGCGCCGCGUCUUUCACUACAGCACCGUAUGGACCCGCGUCUCCACUAGUCCCUUUGCGACCUUCGUCGAUAUCUGAGCAAGAAACGCCCUGGGAAUCAGACAUACCUUCUAGAACGCGCUCCUCAGUGACGAACACGCACCCCUCUUCGCCGCUGAAACCCAAUACCCCCCUCAGUCCACUUAGACGCUCGAUGACAGUCUCAGAGUCAGAUGUUCCGUCUGAUCCAGCACAAGGAUACCCUAGGCUAACAUCACCACUGAAAGCUUUUCCUUCAUCACCGCUAAAUCCAUCUUUUGCAACGUCGCCCUCUCCUUCAUCAAGAUCGUCGACACCUUCACCGCUUCUAGGACCUCGUUACAUUCGCACCGCCGCGUCAACAACGCAACUACUCGGCCGGGUACCCUCAGAGGAGUCUAGGGUCCUAUCUACCUCUCGCAAUUCCCGGGGGUCGAUGAUUCUAUAUCACAUACCCGUGCCUGGUGACGAAUCUCACAAACUAGAGCCCCCUCCCUCCCUUCGACAUCUCAUGUCAUCGGAGUCCUCCCGUGAUUCAAUGAUGUCUAUCUCUUCGGAUUCCAAAUACCCGUCCAUGCUGAGUGAGCAUGGUUUGGUGCCAUACGCGUUUGACCCCAGCGAGGACGAGGGUGGAUUUGACAAGGAAGACGCGGAACUCGAUGCCCGGAGGUUAGUGAAUAUGGUUGCGUUGGUCGCGAUUCUGCUUGGUAUCCUCGGACUGUUCGUGAUAUAUCCGGUGACAGGCCAUUUGCGCAAUGAUGGGAUAAGUCAGAAAAUUGUGGAGAAUGAGUGGAUCAAUGGGACGGGCCAGGCGAUUUUGGGGUCUCCGGCAUAGCGACGCCGCCCUCGUGUCCGAGUAGGACUUUUUGAUUCUCCUUUUUCCUCGUAUUCGGUGUGACGUCGUGCAUUAUAGAUCCGGUUCUUGCUUCAGGACAAUCAUCAGUCA